GAAAUUCUACUUUUCUUCCACCAGGGGGCGCAGUUUCAACAAAACAUUGUGAAAUCAUUCAAAUUUCCUCCAGCAGGGGGCGCUGUUACAACUAUGAACAGUUGUUGAGGACACCAAAAGGAGAAAUGUGUGACGCAGCCAAUAGGGGAAGGCCUUGUCUACAAGUCUGUGCUCCCAUUCAUGCAUUGAACAUUAGCAGCCUUCGCAGACACUCACACAGACGAGCCGCAUCUCUUAAAAACACCGAGAGCCGCAGCCAGGACAGAAAAAACAAGCGUCGGAACUGUGCAUACGUAGCCACCAUGGCAGAAGCGCACCAGGCGGUGGCCUUCCAGUUCACUGUCACCCCUGAUGGCAUCGACCUACAUUUGUGCCAUGAAGCCCUACGGCAGGUCUACCUCUCUGGUCUCCAUUCGUGGAAGAAAAGGUUCAUUCGCUUUAAGAAUGGGGUGAUGACUGGUGUGUACCCAGGCAGCCCUGCUGGCUUCAUGAUAGUGGUUGUGUCCUACAUGUCGUACAAUAAAUAUAAACAGCUGGAUCCUUCUCUGGGGCUGAUUGCCAAACUGGGUCAACACAUUCCCAUCAGCCGAUACAUGUCUACAGAUAACCAGAAGAUAGUUGGAGGUGUUCUGGUGGGCACGGGCCUCUGGGUCAGCAUAAUAAUGAUUAUGAGGAAUGUCCUAAAGAGCCUGCUGUCAUGGCACGGCUGGAUGCAGUCACGUCACGGCUCUCUGCCCAUCUCCACACGUCUGUGGCUGUUAAUGGUGAAGAUCUUCUCUGGCAGGAAGCCAAUGCUCUACAGUUUCCAGAACUCCCUGCCUCGACUACCUGUUCCUUCCGUCAAGGACACCUGCAGAAGGUACCUGGAGUCAGUGCGCCCACUAAUGGACGAUGAGAAGUUUGAAAGGAUGACGGCUUUAUCUAAAGACUUUGAGAAGAACCUGGGACCCAGGCUGCAGUGGUACCUCAAACUCAAGUCCUGGUGGGCAUCCAACUAUGUUAGUGACUGGUGGGAGGAGUAUAUUUACCUGAGAGGCCGUGGACCCAUCAUGGUCAAUAGCAACUAUUAUGCCAUGGACUUUUUGUACGUGUUCCCCACAUCCAUCCAGGCUGCCCGAGCAGGUAAUGCCACUCACGCCAUCAUGCUGUACAGGAGAAAACUGGACCGAGCUCAGAUCAAACCACUCAUGCUCCUACACACUAUUCCCAUGUGCUCAGCCCAAUACGAGCGUAUGUUCAACACAACUCGUGUCCCAGGUGUAGAGACAGAUACAAUUCAGCACGUGAACGAGAGCAAACAUAUCGUCGUGUACCAUAAGGGCCGUUUCUUCAAGGUGUGGAUGUUUUAUGAUGGACGGUUGCUGUUGCCACGAGAGAUAGAGCAGCAGAUGGAGAGAAUCUUGGCAGAUCAGUCUGAGCCAUCCCCAGGAGAGGAGAAACUAGCAGCACUUACUGCAGGAGACAGGACUCCUUGGGCAAAGGCUCGCAACACGUACUUCAGCCGUGGUAGGAACAAACAGUCUCUGGAUGCCAUAGAAAAGGCUGCUUUUGUCGUAACCCUUGAUGAAACCGAGCAGCGUUACGAUGCUGCCAACAAAGUCAAGUCUCUGGACAGUUAUGCCAAGUCCCUUCUUCAUGGAAAGUGCUACGACAGGUGGUUCGAUAAAACCUUUAACCUGAUCAUUUUCAAGAAUGGCACCAUGGGACUGAAUGCAGAACACUCCUGGGCAGAUGCUCCAAUUGUUGGUCACUUGUGGGAGCAUGUACUUUCCAUGGAUCCUGUUAAACUGGGGUAUGAAGCGGAUGGUCACUGCCAUGGGAAGCCUCAUCCUAACCUGCCUGGUCCUCAAAGACUAUCAUGGGACAUUCCUGCUGAGUGCCAGGAAGUCAUUGAGAGCUCACUGACAGUAGCCAGGGCUCUAGCAGAUGAUGUGGACUGUCACAUCAUCCCUUUUGCGGAUUUUGGAAAGGGGCUGAUUAAAAAAUGCCGCACCAGUCCAGAUGCCUUCAUCCAGAUCGCCCUACAGCUGGCCCACUAUAGAGACAAAGGGAAAUUCUGUCUUACAUACGAAGCCUCCAUGACCCGCUUGUUCCGUGAGGGUCGAACAGAAACCGUGCGAUCCUGCACCAUGGAGACUUGUGACUUUGUUCGUGCCAUGCUCAGAGAUGAGACUAGAGAAGAGUGCCUCAGGUUGCUCAAAAUGGCAGCAGAGAAACACCAAAACAUGUACCGCCUGGCAAUGACAGGAGAGGGCAUCGAUCGCCACCUUUUCUGUCUCUACGUGGUUUCCAAAUACCUGGGAGAAGACUCUCCAUUCCUCAAGGAGGUUCUGUCUGAGCCGUGGAGGCUGUCCACCAGCCAAACUCCUCUGCAGCAGGUUGAGCUGUUUGAUCUGCUCAGACACCCAGAGCUGGUGUCCUCCGGAGGCGGAUUUGGUCCAGUGGCUGACGAUGGUUACGGCGUCUCCUACAUUAUUCUCGGCGAUGACCUCAUCAACUUCCAUAUCUCGAGCAAAUAUUCAAGUCCCGAAACCGACUCUCGUCGCUUCGGAGACAACAUCAGACAAGCCAUGCUGGACAUCCUGAAUCUCUUCCAGAUCGAAAAGAAAAACAAUGACACCAAGUGAUCAUUAUUAGGGAAACAAAGACACAAAUUAUUGUUUUAGCAAAACAUUUGUUUUCUUCCUGAAAGCUGUACAGAAUCACCUAAUGGAUAUGGGAUUAAUUUUAAGUUGAUUAACAUUCUAUGAAUAAGGAAAUUUGGGAGAAACAUCACUGUCAACAUGUUUGUGAAGCUGUAGUGUGCACUGUAUGAAUAGGAGAGGUAAGCCUUUGGCACAGGUGGUGCACAGAUCAAAGUAUUUAUUUACAAAACUGUACUUACUGGUGCCUUGGUGACCUGCUAAUGUAAAAAAGGGGAGGAAAGGGUUGAGGAAGUCUUGAAUCAAUUUGUAUUCACUCACUGAAGGAUGUAAAGGUUUGUUCGGUAGCAUCAUCUGAUAUUUAGUUGUGUUUUAAAUUUUAAGAUGGUGCAAUAUGUUCAUUAGUUUCCAUCAUUAUUCUGUGUAUUCUUGAUCGAAGUUUCCUACAGCUUCUGUAGUUGCAGCUCUUGAAAUACGUGCAACUUACUAAAACGGCAAACUUGAAGGUAAAUAUUGAGUUAUAAGUUGCAUGGUGUUCAUGCAUCUGUAAUAACAGAAAUGAUGAAAAUUUAGCUUUGAUCUGAAAUAUGACCCUGUAUCAGUGAUCCUGAACGCCACACACAAGACAGGCAGCUGGUGCCACGGUUAAUCUCCAUUGCCUUUCUGGCUCCGUUGUACAAGAAGGGUGUUCGGUUUGAGCUGCUAUGAUUUUAUGAGUUGUCAUGAGGGCAGAUGAUGCUUGUGUGUGUGUGUGUGUGUCGUUUUCAUACUCAGGUUUUGUUCACUUAGCCUGUUAUCAAAAGUGCUGGCAAGAGCACUGAAAUAUUAGUUCUUAUUUUACACAAUAAUAGGAGAACUUGCAAUUGUGAUGAAAUUGAAUAUUCUAAUAGCAAUCAGUUCUGAUGAAUCCACAUGUUCGUUACCCCUCUCUCCAUCAAAAUGCUCCAUUUGGGCACCAUCAUCCAAAUAAAUCACGUAGGUCAGUAGGGCUCCUUCUGAUAUUGCAGUGACAAUAAUGUUUGAUAUAUUGUGCAGCUUAGUGCUUAUUCUGACAUGCUAGAGUAGAAGCUGAAAUGCAGUGCAGCGGUCUACGACGCACACUGAGGUGGUUACAUGAACACAAGUAAAGACGGACGAAGCAACUUCAUUAACUUUAGUUGUUCAAAACUGAAGCCAAACGGGGUUUUUUUGUUGUUGUUUUUUCGGAGCCGUCAUGGA